UAAGUCAGCUGUAUCCAGGGGUCCUCGUGAUGUAAACAAGGGUCCUCCCACUAAACGAUGGAGAGCAGCUACACAAUGGUGACCUGAUUUAACAACAAGAAAGGAAAUAAAAAUGAAAAUACCAAAAAGAAAACUGUUCCUUCUGAUUAUUUUUGCGUAUGUGGCUUUUUCCCUCUAUGCUGCGUACAAUGUGUUCUUCAGCACCAAAGUAAUCUCCCGGGUUCACCGGGUGGUGAAGAAAGAGUCGGGAGCUCUCUCCGGUGGUGUCAGAGACGGCGGUGCUGUUGCUCCAUUCUUAGCAGGUGACUGGAACCCGUGGGAGGAUGAACAGGUGGACUACAACUCUGCUCUGACCAAGAAGAGGGAGGCCUUCAAACAGUACCUGGGUCGAGUUGACAAGAACAAACCCAAAAGAUACAAGGUGCAAAUCUGGGGGAAAGCUGCCAUAGGGAUUUACCUUUGGGAACAUAUUUUAGAGGGACCCCUCAACCCCACUGACAAGGUCGCACAAUGGAGAGAGGGAGAGCUGCAGUCAGGAAAGAUUGAUUUCAGUUUCUACACAGGUCCUGCUGUGGUCCAGGGUCAUGUCCCUCUGGAUAUGAACAGCCUGGUUCUGGUUCUGAACGGCCGCGAGCAGCAGAAGGUCGCUUACUCCUCACGGUGGCUGGAGCACGUACAAGCUCUGGUUCAGUCUCACACAGUGUCACAUGUGGCCGUGGUCCUGCUGGGCAAUGAGCACUGCAACAACGACUUCAUUGGCCCUUACUUAAAGAGGAAUGGUGGCUUCGUGGACCUGCUGUUUGUAGUGUACGACAGCCCCUGGGUCAACGACAAGGACGUCUUCCAGUGGCCUCUUGGCGUCGCCACAUACAGGCAGUUUCCUAUGAUCAGGCCUAACGCCCAACUGAUUACCUCCAACAGGCCAUACCUCUGCAAUUUCCUAGGAACCGUUUACAAAAAUUCCUCCAGAGAAACUCUCAUGCAGGUGCUGAAACAAUCAGUUCUGGAUAAGGAAUGCAUCACCACUGCCAGGGAGAAGUGGCUCCCUCAGGAGACAGCAGACAGUCUGAGACGCUAUCAGACAGCUCUGGCCCAGAGCGAACUCACUCUCUGCCCGGUCGGAAUCAACACCGAGUGCUACCGCAUCUACGAGGCCUGCUCCUACGGCUCGGUGCCCGUGGUGGAAGACGUGCUGACACCUGGGACCUGCGCGGCCGGGUCCAGCUCCCCGCUGCGUCUGCUCAAAGCUGCAGGAGCACCCUUCAUUUUCAUCAGUGACUGGAAAGAGCUGCCGGCCAUCUUGGAGCGGGAGAGGGGGAUGAGCCAGGAGCAACGGGUGGACAGGAGGAGGAGGCUGCUGGAGUGGCACGCCGGCUUCCGUCAGCAGAUGAAGGAGAGGUUCACCGAGGUCAUUGAGGACAAUUUCUUCAAAGGCGGCUGACCGCAAUGCCGAAUCAACAAACACUUAAAAGAUAUACAGGGGUAGACGUUCAAUAUUGGUUUAAAUUAUUUUGUGGUUUGUGGAGAAAUGUGACAUACUACUGGUGUUGUGAGCCUGGUGAUGUCCAGUGUAAUAUUCCUGUGCGGGUUAUUAUAAAACCAUCUUUGUGUGUUUUUAAGCUGCCAUUACUAGUCAGUAAAGGGCCCCAUGACAUUACUGUAUAUUUAUCAUGUUAAUGUUUACAAUGGUGGAACGUCCCGGCGUUUGGAAAUACUAAAUGAUAAACUGCCUUUGAUUUUGAAAUCCAGAUAUCAUUUCAACCAUGUUUUAUAUCUGUUUGUACGCACUUAAUAUUGUGAUUUUUAGGAAACACUAAACAUUAAGAGUAAAAUGAGAUGAUAAUGUGUUUUUAGGCCGCGUUUGAAAAUGAUACUUAGAGCUAUUAUUUUCUAUCGUGAGCGACUUGAAAAUGGAUGUUGUUGCUGUGGCAUGUGUCACUUUUACAAAAUAUUUUUUUCUUUCUUCUAUUUAUUUCAGUGGUGUGCUGCAUGGAUUUUUUAUUUUUGGUACAAGACAGUGCAAGAAAAUAAAUUGGAGUGUUGUCCUGAGGAGAAAUGAAUGGAUGUGCUAGUCCUGUGCUUUUAUUUUCUCUGCACUGCAGAUGGCGCUGUGGACCAGUUAGUUUUCAGUGGCUAUGGCUAAUGAUUUCAGUUGAAACAUAAUAAGGCGAAAGCUUUUUGAAGUUGGGCAUAAAUUAAGGAGCAAAAUCAUGGUGGUAUCUUCAAAGUUUGUUAGACUAAUGUGUUUACUAUGUAUUUUCUUAUUUAUUGUCUUUUUGGAAAAUUCAAUGAAACACUUGACAAUAAAAUACAUGUAUAAUAUAA